CUAAUGGAAACAUCAGGUACUGACAUGCUGAAUGAUUCAGACAACAGAGCACCUAUAAGUCCACUGCAUUUAGCUGCCUAUCAUGGCCACCACCAGGCUCUGGAAGUGCUGGUGCAGUCGCUGCUGGACCUUGAUGUGAGGAAUAAUAAUGGAAGGACACCACUGGAUCUUGCUGCCUUCAAGGGACACGUGGAAUGUGUAGAUGUGCUCAUUAAUCAGGGAGCGUCAAUCCUGGUGAAAGAUUAUGUUGUAAAGAGGACCCCGAUACAUGCUGCAGCUACAAACGGUCACUCGGAAUGUUUGCGGCUAUUGAUAGGAAAUGCGGAACCACAGAAUGCGGUGGACAUUCAAGAUGGAAAUGGACAGACCCCUCUGAUGUUGUCAGUUCUCAACGGGCACACGGACUGCGUGUAUUCACUCCUUAACAAAGGGGCAAAUGUAGAUGCCAAAGAUAAGUGGGGAAGAACAGCAUUGCAUAGAGGGGCAGUUACUGGGCAUGAGGAAUGUGUCGAAGCGUUGCUUCAACAUGGUGCUAAGUCCUUACUGCGAGACUGUAGGGGGAGAACCCCGAUACACUUGUCAGCUGCAUGCGGACAUAUAGGUGUUCUGGGAGCUCUCCUGCAGUCAGCUACAUCCGUGGAUGCUGUACCUGCACUAGCGGACAAUCAUGGCUACACAUCACUGCACUGGGCCUGCUAUAAUGGUCAUGACAGUUGUGUAGAACUCCUCCUGGAACAGGAAGUUUUCCAGAAAAUGGAAGGAAACUCUUUCAGUCCGUUGCAUUGUGCUGUGAUAAAUGACAAUGAAGGCGCUGCAGAAAUGUUAAUUGAUACGCUAGGUGCUGGUAUUGUAAAUUCAACAGAUUCAAAAGGAAGAACUCCUCUUCAUGCAGCAGCUUUUACGGAUCACGUUGAGUGUCUACAGCUUCUGCUCAGUCAUAACGCUCAAGUCAAUGCUGUAGAUUCUUCUGGGAAAACACCUUUAAUGAUGGCUGCAGAAAAUGGACAGACAAACACAGUCGAGGUGCUGGUCAGCAGUGCUAAGGCUGAUCUGACUUUGCAAGACAGUUCUAAGAACACAGCACUCCACUUGGCUUGCAGCAAGGGCCAUGAAACUAGUGCCUUGUUAAUACUGGAGAAGAUUACGGAUAGAAACCUCAUCAAUGCCACCAAUGCAGCCUUGCAAACACCUCUGCAUGUUGCUGCUCGGAAUGGACUAACGGUUGUGGUUCAAGAGCUUUUAGGGAAGGGAGCAAGUGUACUUGCCGUAGAUGAAAAUGGUUACACGCCAGCUCUGGCCUGCGCGCCCAAUAAGGAUGUGGCUGACUGCCUGGCUCUCAUUCUGGCCACGAUGAUGCCCGUGUCGUCGAGCAGCACGUUACCUUCCCUCACCUUCAAUGCCAUUAAUCAUUACACCAACGCCUCAAAGACCGUCACCUUCGAUUCCCUGCCCAUCAUGAGGAGUGACCACAGCUCUUACUGUACUUUCAACAACAUUGGCAGGGAAGGUGGCUACCCCUACGCAGAAGACGACGAGCUCAAUGACUCGGAUUCAGAGACCUAUUAGGAGCCACGUUUUGUAGGUCUGAAGAGAACCCUCACGCUGGAAGGUCAGACUUGUGCUCUGGGAAAAAAAGCUGUGGGUGUUUGAAUGCAACAGGAGGACAGACCUUUCAGAAGAUGUUUUUUAUUGUGGCUGCAUAUAGGAAAAAGAAAUGUGAGACUCUAGGAGGAUUUUUAAGAGCGUAUUUUGCAGAAGCAGCUUAAAUUCUUGAAUAAGUACUUGGAAUCCACGG